AUGUCCCACAAAAAGCUUAAAGGUGGACACAUGGCCAUCAUCGAGAACUGGUACCAUCAGAUACCGGCCUUCACGGACGUGUUUACGGAGGAAAGCUUCUACAUGUUCGCGGUCUGCUUCGUGCUGGCCACCCUCGCCGUCGUGUUUGUGCUGUCGCGGUUUAUCACCCUGAAGCCGGUCGACUAGAAUGGAAAAUCGACUGCUGGGAGGGAACACACACACACAUACAUACAGAAAAACAAACUGCAUAAUAAUAGAACCCAAUGACGGUAGGCGGACGUUCGUAGCCGAACUGAUGUGA